GAAAGUUUAAUGGCAGUGCAACUGUGCAAGUAUUUCACCCGAACAGAAUACGGAGGAAAGCGAUCCCGGUUAUAAAAUUUGGUUUUAAUUUUCCCCCAAAAUUUCUUCUUUUCCGGUUCCACCAUGAUUAGAUGGCCAUAGGGUCUCUGCUGCUUCAACAACACCAUCACCAAUUCGCAUUCCUCCGCCAUACCUGCGGCGUCUCCCCUCUUCCCGUCUCCGUGUCCUCCUUUGCCAAUUCUUCCGCCUCUUGCCUCCUCCCGAUUGCCUUCCUGCGCCGAUUGGCAUCUUCUGCCUCCUCCACAUCCGCCGCCGCCGCUGCUUCCGUCUUCUCUCCUCAUAAGCCCAAACUUAACCACCAUCUGCAUCAACAACGACCGAAGCGGAAACCGCAAUCCCAGCCGCCGCCUUCCCCUCCGCCGCUGCCCUACCACCGGUUAAGGUCCUUAGCACCCACACCCGACACGCUGGCUCAGAAGAUCGGGAAAUCUAUUCGGCGCCCCGGCGCGCCUUCUAAGGCUAGGGUUUAUGCCGAUGUUAACGUUAUCCGGCCUAAGGAGUACUGGGACUAUGAGACGCUUACCGUUCUGUGGGGGGAACAAGAUGAUUAUGAGGUGGUGAGGAAGGUUGGCAGAGGAAAAUACAGUGAGGUUUUUGAAGGUGUUCAUUGCACUGAUAAUGAGAAAUGUAUCAUUAAGAUACUUAAGCCUGUUAAGAAGAAGAAGAUUAAGAGGGAGAUUAAAAUACUGCAGAAUCUUUGUGGGGGCCCUAACAUAGUGAAGUUGCUUGAUAUUGUUAGAGAUCAGCAAUCAAAGACACCAAGUCUUAUAUUUGAAUAUGUGAAUAACACUGAUUUUAAAGUACUUUAUCCAACACUUCAGGACUAUGACAUUCGAUACUACAUCUACGAACUUUUAAAGGCGCUCGAUUAUUGCCAUUCACAAGGUAUUAUGCAUCGUGAUGUCAAGCCCCACAAUGUAAUGAUUGAUCAUGAGCAGAAGAAACUCCGUCUCAUAGAUUGGGGCCUUGCAGAGUUCUAUCAUCCUGGGAAAGAAUACAAUGUUCGUGUGGCUUCAAGGUACUUCAAAGGCCCUGAGCUUCUUGUUGAUUUGCAAGACUAUGACUACUCGUUGGAUUUGUGGAGUCUUGGUUGCAUGUUUGCUGGAAUGAUAUUCCGCAAGGAGCCAUUCUUUUAUGGUCAUGAUAAUUAUGAUCAAUUGGUCAAGAUAGCAAAGAUCUUGGGAACAGAUGAAUUGAAUGCAUAUUUGAGCAAGUACCGCAUAGAUAUUGAUCCACAUCUUUCUGCCCUUGUUGGGAGGCAUGGACGGAAACCAUGGACGAAAUUCAUCAACCCUGAGAACCAGCAUUUGGCAGUUCCUGAGGCAAUCGACUUUGUGGACAAAUUGUUGCGAUACGACCACCAAGAGAGACCAACUGCGAAAGAAGCUAUGGUAAACCCUUCUACCGAUCAAUUAUAUUGUCCACUCAAUCAGGUUCUUUGGCCUUAGUCGUUGUGUUUGGAAGGAAUAGUAAACCAUAUGCUUCGAAGAUUUUCCAGGCUAGAUAUUCAACAAUGCUAUUUUGUUGGCUGUGUCUGUUUUGGCUUUCGGUUAAAGAAGAUGAUGGCUUUAAAUAAGUAGAAUUAGAAGUUGGCAAAAAGUGUGUUGGCAUAUCUCUCUACUUAUUUUGUAGGCGAAACAAACACCGCAUUGUCUGGCUAUUUCUAAAUCGAAGUGCGCAUGCUUGCAUGCAUCGUUGACCGAAAACUUUUGUAAAAUGUGGCUUUGUGAUGCAGGCACAUCCGUAUUUCUACCCAAUUCGAAAUGCGGAAAGCAGUAGAGGUCGAUCUUAGGCUUCGUCGAAGUUUCCUCUUUAGCAGACUAUGCUGUCGACAAAAUUUGGCCUGCAGCUUGAACUCUUUACGAAGGGAAGUCAUGAAUGUAAUUUGAUCUUUUUGUCUUUUCGUGACAAUAUGUUUUGUUUUCAUUGUUUGUGGCAUUGAGGUUUUACCCUUCUUUCGCCAGUUGUAAACGCUUUCAUAAUCCCCUAUUAAUUCUUAGUAUUCAACGUUCUGUUUUGUUUGACUGACAAUUCCCAUUCCCAUUUCUCCUCUCUCGUUUCUUUAAUUUGCAACGAGUGUUUUUGUUUUUUUAU